UAAAAUUAUGCCUGGGUUGCGAGCAGUUUGUUGUUGCAGUAGCAGUUUCAACAUUUCUGUCCAUGCUGGAGUAUCUUUUAUCUUAUUUUCGCCGGUAACAUGGCAAGCCCGCCAUUUACAGAGAUAUUCUCCAAUCCACAUCUUUUUAUUGAUGUGUCAGCCUUUGAAGAGAAACAGAGAGUAUUUGAGUUUCUAAAUAAAAAAAUGAAAAAGAUCAACAGUAAACGCUAUGAAACUGGCGGCUCCUUUGAAAAACUUGAGGAAACUAUUUGCAACAUCUCUUUGCUUAAAAGCUCAAAUUCCCAUAGCAUCCAAAUGCAAGACAACGUUGACCAUACGAAGGUCCAAAAAAAUACGGCACGUACACACAACUCGAAUCUGUCUCUAUCACAGCAAAAUAAGUUAACUGAAAAGAAAGGUUCAGGACUUCAGUUCACCAGCAAUCUACUUAAAAACCACGAAGAUGAUUUGAGAUUAAAGAAGGAAACCUCUCAGGGAAUUGUAGGAGAACAGAGAUUACAAGAAUCAUAUGGUGAUUCGCCUGGUCCAUCAGCAGCUACGAAGAAGCAGGGAGAGGAACAGGAAACCUGUCCUAUUUGUCUGGAUAUCUUGAAGAUGCCCAACAUGAAAACCUUGCCUUCAUGCCAUCAUUCAUUUUGUAAAGACUGCUUGAAGAUGGCUUUUGUUUCGAAACCUGUCUGCCCAGUUUGUGGGAUAGUCUACGGCAGAUUGAAAGGCAAUCAACCAGUAAAUGCCUCUAUGGAUGUCUCUACAAUGUCAACUCCGCUACCAGGAAAUGAAAAAUAUGGAACCAUUAUAAUUCGAUAUUACGUACCCAGUGGUAUUCAGGGGGAGGAACACCCCAGUCCAGGCCACAGCUACGAAGGAGUGUCCCGGAUUGCCUUUCUUCCUGACUCGCCUGAGGGCAGGAAGGUUCUCGGUCUUCUAAAGCGGGCUUUUGAGCAGCGGCUUAUCUUCACUGUUGGUCAGUCAUCCACCACAGGCAGGAGGAACGUGGUCACGUGGAAUGACAUUCACCACAAAACAUCCCGGGAAGGUGGACCCACCAACUUUGGUUACCCUGAUGCGGGUUACCUAAGCCGUGUGCAAGAAGAGCUGAAGGCCAAAGGGAUUAAUUAAAGUUUUAUUUGAGAUAGAUGUAUUUAUGCUGUGUACCAGUGCUGGAGCAGUGACAGUCAUCAGUACAGGAACAUAUUUUACACUUUUAUUUUGCUUGAUUUUUAUUGAAUCAUUAACACUAAUCUUAACGUACAUGUCAAGGAAAUCAGGGUUUUAUUUUAGUUUUAAUGUAGUUCCAGUUUUGUCUUUGUAUACCAAUAAUAAUAGUUUUUAUUUUUGUAUAGCCUGUUAUAGCUACAUACUUUCCAUCAAAGUGGUGCAAAGAAACAGGUUUUUUUUUUCUUGAUCACCUGUACAGUGUUGUCAGGCGUAAGCAAUGGGACCAUUCUGUGGUUGAAUGAAUAAACACAUACUGGAUGUUACUAGAUAAUAUAUUAAAUAGGUCCUCUGUAAGGUGCCUCUUAACAGACUAAGACACUAGAAUAACCAUACAAAAUAUCACCUGUUCACGAUACAUUAGCAUUAUCUAUGUCAUUGUCAAGGACAUGAAACAUUGAUAGUGUUUGCUAAAUCAUCUUAAGUCAUAUUGUAGUUUGGAAAGCCUUCAUUGACAGGUUGCAUAGACUUUAGCCCAGUGUUUCAUGUAAUUUAUUUUGAUUAUCCAUUUACCAUUGAAAAGAGCAGGAAGUUAUACCUAAUGCUUGCUGAGUUAAUAACUGAAAAACACUGUUACAAUUUGCAUAUGUACUCUGUUUGGUUUCAAAAGCAAAUAAUUUGUUAUAACGACAUAACGCAUUACAUAUUUCUGUGUGUAACUGGUAAAACAUGGAUAUUUUUUGUUUAAUUUAAAUUAAUUUAAUAUUAGAAUUUUUGCAUUUAGCAGUGUGUAAAUAGAAUGGUGAAGAAUGUACCUGAAACUGAUAUUGAUCGUUUGUUGCCAGUUUUAAACCGCUCAUUUGAAAAUGGGGAAAAAUGUAAAAAAUAUCUUAAAUCUAUCUGCUUUCAAAUGCAGUGAAGCUGUUUUUUUAGAAUAUAAAUAAAUAUAAUAGCAAAUUAA